AUGCCUUCCGAGAAAUAUUUGUCUCCAAGAGUUGAUCAAAGUUUGUUUGAGAACUCUGUGGCGCAGCAGCAGAGUCCUCAGACCUCCAGGCUCAGUCAGGUGUUGGCCCGACGGCCUCCAGCAUCGGCCUAUUCCAACGCGGGGUCAACCUGCACCGAGUCUCCAUCCUCUGGAGGACAGCAGAGGCUGAAAAAUGCUAUUAACCUGGGCAAGGCGGUGGGGGCAAAGGUCAACGACUUGCUGAGAAGAAAAGAACUCAGCCACCUCGGAGACAUCGGAGUCACAGAGAUCAACAAGAAUGUUGGUGCUGUUUGGAGCUGCAUGGACCAACUCGGCCCAAAUACCACCAGCAGUCACAUCUCCUCCUUCGACUCGUUCCCUCGUUUGGACCCGCCGCCGCCCACGGGGAAGAAGCGCCUCCCUCGAGCCCUGAAGACGACCCAGGACAUGAUGAUCUCCUCUGAUCCUGUGGUCUCCUCCUUGGAAGCGUCAGACUCCCACUCCUUCGUCCCCUCGCCAGAAACGAUGCCCAAAGAGGAGACGAGGAGCAGCGAGGAGCAGCGGAAAGGACGUGAAGAGGAGGCGACGGAUAACAACCCCGCAGAGAACAAAGUUUCGGCUGAUUCAGAGAGCAAGGAGACCAGCUGUGAGCUGGAUGGAGUCUCAGGAGGAGGAGGAGGUGAGGAGGAGGAGGGGGUGAAGGGGAGUACUGAAGGAGGUGUGGAGGAGAAUCAGUUCCAGCUUCAGCUUUCCGUCCCAGACCUUAUCAACAAAGAUCCUCCUCUGGACUCUAAAUCCAAACCCUGCGACGUGUGGCAGAGGGCAUCCUCACCGGACUCCCGGCUGGCCUCCACCCCCCGCUCGGGCAGAACUCACUGCCGCAUCAGCCUGGGGGAGGAGGUCCUGCUGGGGAACGGUGCCCCCUGCAGUAAGGACUCUGGAGGGGGGGCUGAAGACGCAGAACCUCAUCCUGACCUGCUGUCCUUUGAGUAG